AUGCCCAUCCUAAAGGCUCGCUUGCGGGCUGUGUCUGACCUCUGCUCGCUGUCUCUAGACGUCCACCACAGACUGGCUCCAUCCGGUCACGAUCCUGCAGAUUCCAUCAAGAAUAUUGCCCGUUUGCCAAAGGAUAUUCCUGUAUAUGCGGCUCAGACUAUCUUGAUUUCUCUCUCGGGCUCUGUCAACAACGCUCAGGCUACUGUGGACGAACUCAUUGCCUCUCGACUGUUUAAAAAUAUGAGAGAUUACUUUGAAAUGGCAACGAUGCAUGCAUGA